GACAGAGAGAGAGAGAGAGAGAGGUGUGAGAGAGACGAGAAAUGGCUUUUGCUUGUUUCUUUGCUCAGUAACUCCCAAAAGGCCUUUAAUAAAACCAUCCCAAAUUUGUCAGUACAUAUUGGCCGUUUCACGACCAAAUUACGCAAAAAGCAAAGCAAAACGUAACUGCUUUUGCUUCUUCCUACUUCCCAACUUUCCCGGUCAGUUUUCAACUUUUGCAUUUUCUUUUAGGGUCUCCAAUAAUGUCCUCCUCCGAUCUCUACGUCGUCAACGACUCCUUCUACCACCACUUCACCACCUCAGAAAUGGCGGACCUGCAGUUCUUCUCCGAGCCAUUGUCUCCCUUCUCGGACAUUGACCUCCUCCAACUCCAAGCAAUCUCCGACCAGCAAAACCAUCAAAACGCAACUGACCAUAACUCUCCAUCUCUCCUCUCUUCUUCUCCCCCAAGUUACCAGCUCGAAACUCUAAGCCUUUACCAGCAAACCCAGUUUCACCAAACCGAACAAAAUUGUCCAAAUUUGCCAAUUGGGUGGCCGAAUUUAUCUCUUUUUGAUGCUCAGGAGGUUAAAACUGAAGAAUUUCAUCAAGCUCUUGAGCCUCCUAGCUAUGGCGGGGCGGAGAAUGUCGCAAAGUUUAUUCAGAGGAGCUACAGCAGCAACUGCUUUGAUGGAAAUAAUAACAAGCCUGGUUUUUACUUCCAGCCGAGCUUUGAUUCUCUCAUGGAGUCCCCAAGUUUUCAGAACCAAGCUUUUAGCUUGAGCUCUCAGGAAAGCAGCUUUUUGCCUGGUCAAAUGAGAAGGGUAUCCAGCACUGGUGAUUUGCAAAAUUUGCGAACAAAUCGUGCUCCCAGAGAGAGCUCAGUGAUGGAAGAAGCAGCUGCAAACUUCAAAACGGGGAGGUACAGUGCAGAAGAGAGGAAAGAGAGAAUCUCAAAGUACAGAGCCAAAAGGUCACAGAGAAACUUCAACAAAACAAUUAAGUAUGCAUGUCGAAAAACACUAGCAGACAAACGACCCCGCAUACGUGGCAGAUUUGCACGCAACGACGAGACCGGUGAGAUUCUCAAAGCUGCAUGUUCAAGUACCAGAGAAGAAGACGUAGAUGAGCUCCGGGUUGAAGGGUUCAAUGUAGAAAAGGAAGAGAUGAAUGCAACAGUAAGAGGAGGAGGAGGAGGACAGUUUAUGAGCAAUUUUGGAGCUGCUCAGUUUCAGCACUAUGGAUUUUGAGUUUUGAUAAGUUGAGCAAACAACAAAAGGUGGUUUUGGGGAGGGUGGUUGGGGGGGUCUUUUCUAGAAUAUUUACGUUUAGACCACAACGUGACCAAAAAGUCUUUUUGUAUUAAAGCAAAAGAAGAAUCAAAGAGUUUCUUUUGCUCUUCUUUUUUCUAUUUAGUGAAAUAAAACACCUUUUGGUAAGCUUAACGUUGCAGUUGGGUUUUGGUAGGUGGUAGAAUAUUUAGGUUCGAAUCAUUGAUAACUCCUCUGUAUAUGCGUGGUAAUGCAUAAUAUAAUCUAAUUUUUUA